AUGUUCAUCGGCAUUGUUGGCCCACGAUGCAGUGGCAAGCAUACUAUUGCCGAGACUCUUAUCCAAGACUAUGGAUUCCAAAUGCUAAGGCUCGAUUCAAGUCCACAUGAGGAACGUCCUUGCCACGACAAUGCCUUGAGUUUUCCGACAUUUGACACCUUGCUUAACCAUGUCACUGAACGCUGGCGUGAGAACUUUGUCACUUGCGAUAUCGAUGCACCUUGUUUAGAGAAUGCACAGAAGCGUCCCUUUUUCCUUUUAGUAUCUGUGAAUGCUCCCAUCUCGCUUCGAUUUCAACGUUAUCUUGGAACGUCCAAGGAGAUCAUGUCGAUGGAAAAGUUUGUUCAAGAUGACGACGCGGUCAUGUUUUAUCCACAAAACGACAGCGCAUCCUUGCAUAGUAUUAUGGCAACAGCGGACGUGUGCAUCACCAAUACCAGCAUCAACACAAGUGCAUUUCGUGAACAGCUGCUAAAACUCGAUCUCACCAACCCAGAACGCCUUCGACCCUCGUGGGAUACCUACUUUAUGCAUCUUUCCGAUCUCGCAGCGCGUCGAUCCAAUUGUAUGAAACGACGUGUAGGAUGCAUCCUUGUCAAAGACUCGCGUAUUGUGGCUACUGGAUACAAUGGUACACCUCGUGGAUUACGUAAUUGCAAUGAAGGCGGUUGUGGAAGGUGUAACGGCAAUGCACCUUGUGGUAUGGGUCUCGAUCGGUGUUUGUGCAUGCAUGCAGAAGAAAACGCCCUCUUGGAAGCGGGACGAUCGCGCGUGGAUUUUGGUCAUGGUGUCGUUCUUUAUUGCAACACAUGUCCUUGUCUUGGAUGUGCCAUCAAAAUUGUACAAAUUGGUGUCAAGGAAGUGGUCUACUCCAGGUCGUAUGGCAUGGAUGAAAUGACUGAAAAAGUAUUUGCAGAGGCCAACGUCAAGUUACGACAACAUUCUCCACCAAGCAUGCAUGUUGAUUUCUCUCAGCCCAAUGAAGUCAUGGCGUUUACCGCACUUAACAAGGAUGAUGCAAAUGUAUUAAGCCGAUAA